AUGUAUCAGAAUUCACAGAAGCUCCCAGUACAACCAAAAAAUGGAAUAAUGAAGACGUAUGAGAACCCUUCGAGGACUUUCACCCGACCAUACUCUGCAAAAACUGUUUAUUUUUACAAGGAAGGAGAUGUUUUCUUUACGGGUAUUCGUGUUCCGGUAUCACAACAUCGGUUUAAAACAAUGACAACAUUAAUGGAUGAACUCAAUCAGAGCAUGUUUUUACCAUAUGGAGUCCGUAGAAUCACGACCCCGAUGGGCAGGACCAAUAUCAGCAGUUUAGACCAGUUACAGCAUCUCGGAAGAUACGUGGCAUCAUCUUCGAAUCCACCCAAAGGAGUCGAUUUGGAUAAAAUUCAAGAGAAAUAUUCGGCUAGUCAGAGACGAGAAACACAGAAACAAACAGCUGGAGGACAGGCUUAUUGGGUUGGUUUAUAUCGAGUUUCGUAA